GCGGGGCUGACGGAGCGGCCGGGCGAGGCGCUCACCCCGGCGCGGCCCGGCCCGGCCCCGCAGCGCGGCGAUGGCGGCGGUCGGUGACGACGGGUCCGGAGUCGGGUCCAGCAUCGGGCUGCUCCUGGAGGCGGCCGAAUACUUGGAGCGGCGGGAGCGAGAGGCCGAACACGGCUACGCCUCGCUGCUGCCCGGAGCUGGACGAGCCCGCAGGGAGAGCCCGAGGCGCCGCGGGAAGGGCCGGAGGAACGGCGGGGGCGGCAGGUCAACACACAAUGAGAUGGAAAAGAACAGGCGUGCCCACCUGCGGCUGUGUUUGGAGAAGCUGAAGGUGCUGGUGCCACUUGGCCCCGAAUCCAGCAAGCACACCACGCUGAGUUUACUCAUGAAAGCCAAAUUGCACAUCAAGAAGCUCGAGGACUAUGACAGGAGAGCCCUCCACCAGAUCGAGCAGCUGCAGCGUGAGCAGCGGCACCUGAAGAGGCAGCUGGAGAAGUUGGGCAGUGAGAGGAUCCGCACCGACAGCGUCGGCUCCGCCGUGUCCUCGGAGCGCUCCGACUCGGACAGAGAAGAGAUUGAUGUGGACGUGGAGAGCACCGACUCCCUGCCUGCAGACCUCGACUGGAGCAGCAGCAGCCCCAGCGACUCGGAUGAGCGUGGCAGCCUGCAGAGUGUGUGCAGCGAUGAGGGCUACGCCAGCUCGGGCGUGCGGAGGGCAAAGGUGCAGAGUGCUCACAAGCUGUGCCCCGCUCUCUAAGGAUCAGACCCCGCAGCUCUUCCACCCACCGCUCUUUCCCGGUUGGUAGCGAACCAGACCGUCCCGCAGUUCCCUUGUGCCGCUGACACGAAGUCUGCUUUGCCCCAGUCCCAAGCAGGGCUGUGGGUGCUGAGCUUCUCCCUGGCAGCCCAUCGUGCCCACUCGCUUCUCGCCCCGUCGGGAAGCUCAUCUCAGUGAGACCAAACAUUCCAGCCCCGUUUUGGUGCGCCCAGGAAUAUCGCAGCGGUAACAGCAAUGCUGGAUGAGCUCAGCUUUCCUUUGCUUUGCUGUUACCGCUCGCUAUUCCGGAUCUUUGUAGUGUUUGCCCACUAACAAUCAGCACCAGGGCCCAAAUAUGCAUUUUGUGGGUGAGACCCAGCCUUGUUGGUAGCUUGGAGCAGGGAGAAAGCAGAGGGAGGUCUGCAACGGAGAAUCAGUCGGUGGCCCUCCCUCCACCGACUCUAAAAAUUCAGGGUAGCAACGGACCCCUCCUGCAAAGCAAAAGGCUCUGCUCCUCCCAGCAGCCUCGGGAUGGACAUCUCCAGCUCUGGAAGUUCCUGGAAUGCCUCAAAACCAAAUGGUGCUGUCCUCGCGCUGUGCCCUCCUGCGUUACGGCUGCGUGUCUUAGGACGGCCUUGGCGCUUCUUGUCUCUGGGACAAUUUUUUUUCUACCUCGGAGAGAUGAACAAAGAUUAUCUCCAUCCCUUUAGCACAAAACAAACAAACGAGAUGCCUCAUUGUUUUAUAGAAGCGCUGCUUGGUCCCAUCGCAUCCGUCGCGCGCGAUUUAGCAAUAAGUGGCGGCGCUCUGAGCGGCGCUGCUGUGUGAAGCACUUGCCCAGCCCUCGGGUUGUGUUUGGGCGCUCUCCAUGCUGAGGAUUUGGGUUUCCACCAGAGAGAGCCACAACCAGACGCCAAAAGAAAAGGCCAACCCUUUCCCCUGGCCCCAAGGCUGUGGUUUCCAGCCGUGCCGAUGCUUCGAAGCCAACAAGCCAACACGAGCACGUGUACGUAGAAUGUGUGGUCUACAAACAGUAUUUCUUCAUUUUCUUUGACAUGAUUUCAUGCUUUACGAGAUGUUCUGGGAUCGUUGUAAGCAGAGUCCUCUGAGGGAGAUGCAGAGGUUUCUUUGAGGGUUUUCCUACUCCAUCUCUUGUGCUCAACGUUGGACGCUUUGGUGAUGGGGAUGGAACAUCCACGUGGGGCUCAGAAGUCAUUCCGACUCCUUGAGAAAACUCUUUGGAGGUAUUUAAUGAGGCCUUGGGCAACCUUAUCUACUAUGUGAUUGAGCAGUGGGCAGCCCUGGGUUGGAACUUAAUGGUCCUUGAGUCCCUUUGAACCCAAGCCAUGCUGUGUUUCUAUGAAAACUCGUGGAAACCCAUCCCAAGAAGACAAAAAACAUGGAAACCCACAGAAACCCAUCCCAAGAAAGCAAAAAUUCAUGGAACCACCUCAGGAAUACAAGAACCCGUAGAAACUCACCCCCAAAAGACAAAAAAAAACAACCAAGGAAAUCCACCCCAAGAAGACAAAAACCCAUGGAAACUCAUCCCAAGAAUACAAAAACUGAUGGAAACCACCCCCAAAGAAAAAAACCCAUGGAAACCCACAGGAGCCCACCCCAAGAAGACAAAAACCCAUGGGCAAAGCUGAAUAUCUGCACUUGGAGGUGUGCUGCUCUGAUGGCUCGAGCCCUCUCCAGCCCCUUUCUUGUGAGCACUGCCAAAAUCCCAAUUCCAACCCAAUGCACUCCAAGGGGAAACAGGAGGAAACGUGCGCUUCGUUCUCCACUUAGUUAUACCGAGUGUUAAGGUUUAGACUCUAAUUGUUAUUUUUUGUGUUGUGCCUUUUUGGGUUGACCGCGUUCUUUUGGUGAAGAACCACGUGUUGGUUUUGGUUGUGGUUUUCUAUUGUUUUUUUUUUUUUUUUUCCCCCCUUUUCAUUCUCUUUUUGUCCCAAUAUGAAGCAGUACUCCUCUGACCUUUGCACUGUUUGGACGUGCUCCUCUCCAACACACCAGCAUCGAAAAAAAAUAAACCCACAAACUCAAACCUUUGGCAAACGAUGCGCUGGUGUCGGAUGGGCACAAAGGUCGAACCUAAAACCACGGGCUAUUCCCCCAAAACUCCAGGUGAGCUUGGCGCAGCGUCCUGGGGCCGCCAGCCUUUCCUUGAAUUCACGGAUCCACCAGCAUUACUCAGAGAUAAGCUGCAGCAAUGAGAUUUUUUUGUAGAUUGUUGGAAAAAAGGGGGGAAGCGAGGAGAACCCCCUGCGUUUACACAGACGUGCGAGUCCAAACCGCGCUGCUUGGGGAUGGGGAAGCCCCCAGCCCUGGGCAUUUGUCCCCAUCCCAUCCCCAACCCUCAA